AUGCAAUUAGAGAAGAUUCAGAUAGAAAUAGAUGAUGGGUUGCACCUGCAAGCAACAAGGCAUAUGCUACACUGGUUCUACUUCUCUCAAAAGCUUCCAGCUGAAGUUUGUCCUUUCGAGGAUCCAGAGCCAACAAGAGCUCAACAAAGGAGUUAUGAGAAUCUCUGGACAAGAAAUACAGGACUGAGGAUGCCAGGGGUGAAAAAGAAGCCCUCCGUGAACAAGGGCUCGAAGUUGGGGCCAAGGGGUGUUGUUGUAAAGAAGUCGACAUACAAGCCACAGGAACCUGGUUAUCGGUGGAUUGAUACUGGGGUUACAUGUCACAUCUGCUUUGAGAAGAAGCUGUUUACAACUUUCGAGUCGGUUACAAACGACGAGAAAUUGUUUAUGGGGAAUUCUUCUACUUCAAUUGUUGAAGGGAAGGGAAAGGUGGUCCUGAAGUUGACCUCUGGAAAGGAGCUGACCUUAAACGAAGUCCUGUAUGUUCUGGACAUACGUAAAAAUCUUGUCUUGGGGUCUCUUCUCAGCAAACAUGGUUUUCGUAUGGUCUUUGAGUCCGACAAGGUUGUUCUGACCAAGAGCGGAGUGUAUGUGGAUAUACACAAGAAUGCGAUCAUGGAAUCAAAAAAUGCAUCUUUCUUUGAAAAUAUAUUUCCGUGUCAUCUCCAAGAAGGGAUUCAAAAUUCUAUGAAAGAGGUUGAAGGUGACAAUGAUCACAUAGUUGAAGAUCAAACAGAUGAUCACUUAGAUGAUCGAGUUGAUAAUCAAGUUGGGGAUAUAGAUGAGCCAAGAAGGAGUAAGAGGGCUAGGACUGCAAUGUCUUUUGGUCCAAACUUCUUGACUUAUAUGUUAGAGAGAGAACUUCGAAUUUUCCAUGAGUCUCCACUAUGCCAUGCACACGAGAGCUCCGCCCUGUUGCAAUUCAAGCAAACCUUUUCAAUUGACAAAUCCGCUUCUUCUUAUCCCAAGGUUGCAUCAUGGAAGCUCCAAGGAGAGAGUGGCGAUUGCUGCUCAUGGGAUGGCGUCGAAUGCGAUGAGGAUACGGGUCAUGUGAUUGGCCUUGACCUCAGCAGCAGUUUCCUCCACGGUUUUAUCAAUUCAAGCAGCAGCCUCUUCAGCCUAGUUCACCUUCAGCGACUUAACCUUGCUUAUAAUGACUUCGAUUACUCUUGCAUUCCAUUAGAAAUUGGCCAUCUCUCAGGGCUAACAAGUCUCAACUUUUCCUCUUCUGUAUUUUCCGGUCGAAUCCCUUCGGAAAUCUCAAAAUUGUCCAAAUUGGUUUCCAUUGAUCUUUCUUUCAAUGUUGACUCAUCAUUUUCAGGACUACUAAAACUUGAAAAGCUUGGGUCCCUUGCAGCUUCACUCGGUAAUUUGACCCAACUCAAUUACGUGUCGCUUUCAUCCAACAAAUUUAAUGUAGGGACCCUACAAUUGCUUGGCAACAACUUUCAGGGUCCCAUUCCUCACUCAUACAAUAAAGGAAACAAAUUGAAGAUGAUUGACUUCAGUGGUAAUAAAUUACAGGGGAAGGUGCCAAGAUCAUUGGCAAGUUGUACCGAGCUUGAGAUUCUUGAUCUCUCAAAGAAUCUGUUUGACGAUACAUUCCCCUUGUGGUUAGGAGAUCUUACAAAGUUACAGGUUCUCAUCUUGCGAUCCAACAAAUUUUAUGGUGCAAUAGAGAAUCCCAAAAUUAAGUUGGAGUUACCAAAUUUGCACAUCAUUGACCUCUCUCAUAAUGGUUUUACCGGUGAUUUGCCAUCAAAAUACUUUCAAAAUUGGAAUGCAAUGAAAUUUUUUGAUGUCAACAAGAUGAAAUAUAUGAACACAAUCAUUGAAGUUCGCAGGAACAAUGACAGUUGGGGUGAUGGCUAUUGGUACACAACGAACAUUACAAACAAAUGUGUAAAUACAGAAUAUCAGGAGAUCCCGAAUAUCUUCACUGCCAUUGAUCUCUCAAGCAACAAAUUUGAAGGGGAGAUUCCAGAAUUUAUUGGAAACCUUAAGGGGCUUCAGCUCUCGGGAGAAAUCCCUCAGCAACUGGUACUUCUCACUUUCCUUGAAUUUUUAAAUGUCUCAAAUAACCAUCUCACUGGACCCAUUCCACAUGGGAAGCAAUUCAACACAUUCGACAACAAUUCCUACAAGGGGAAUUCAGGAUUGUGCGGAGACCCUUUAUCAAGGAAAUGUGGAAAGUUAGAGGCACCACCACCAUCGAACUCGGAACAAGAUAAUGAUUUAGUGUUCCCAAGUAAAGUUGAUUGGAUUUUCAUAUGCACGGGAUAUGUGAGUGGGAUAGUAGUCGGGGUGGUUAUUGGGCACACAAUAACCACAAGGUUUCACGAAUGGUUCAUCGAGAAUUUUGGAAGGAAACAGCACAAGCCGAGAAGGGAGAAAAGGAGGGGACACGGAAAUCGAAGUUGA